AUGGGUAACGUUAGCAGUAGGUCCGGGGAUGGAGAGGGGCUUCAACUUAGAGAUCAGAGCAGAUUCUCGAUAGCAUCUGUUGUUAUAUCAAACUCCUCGCGAACUCUCCUCAAUGUUACGCCAAAUGCCUUCCCUGCAAGUAGAUUCAAUGUAAAGAGAGAUAUCGGCGACGACUCCAUUGUAGAAUAUGUACAGGAUCCAGAAAGUGCACUAUCUAGCGGCCCACCCGCGUUUCUCUUACGGCUUUCCAACGACGACACGCUCACUUUUACCUUUACAUUCGUACUAAGACAAAGUACGGCAUUCAGCAAUACUCCAGCUGCCACGAAUGGCACUGACAACCCUGCAAUUGUACCCAUCGAUACAAACGUUAGCAAUCUCACAUACAUUUGCACGUCGGGUACUCGAGAACUCGAGCAACUGGUCAAUGUCGAGUUCCAUGCGGAUCCAAACCUUCACAAGAACCCGAAAGUCCAGCUGGUCGGCGACUUCACAACUGGCGGAUCGCCUUCGGUGCAAGCACAAUGGUCAUGGACGUGGAAGCCACCAAAGCCAACCGAAGACAGAGGGGGAGGAUGGCGCAACAGCUGCAGUUUUGUAGAAUAUGACCAGCGUGCACAUCGCCUGAAUACUCUGGCAACAUUUGCGUUUUGGGUUCAGAAUACCCGUCUUCCGCGAACGCCAAAUCUCCUCUUACCCCCUUCCGAAAUGAAUACCCCACAGCGACUACGACUACCCUCGAACCAAUCAAUGGACUCACGACUCAGCGAAUCAGACGUAGAAAUGGGCCGGGAACCUCAAUCACCCGUUUUUGAUGCCAUUCCUGAAAACAAUCUCGGACUCAUCCCAUCGAUACCCACAAUCAAGUCCGACUCUACAGCUCCUACGCGAACCGGUGAUGAACCUGCUUCCCAAGAGCCCAACGAUCUACUCUUCCAAGCAGCAAAACGAGAUUUCGAGCAGAGAACCAGCAACAUCCGAGCUCGAUGGAAGAAAGUUCUCAAGAAAGCGGAGACGGCAUUGGACACCAAGGUCGUGGCGAACAAUGCCAUGUCAGAGCUCAUGGACGCUCUACGGGAGACCUUUGCGGCGAACGGUUCCAAUGCGCUACCGAACAUCAACCUCUUCUUCGACAAGACUGCAAAGGAUCUUUUGUCCUACGAGCGGUCAACCACCGUGCAGAUGAAAAAUCACAUUAUAGACCCAAUCACCAAACUUUAUAACAUAGACAUCAAAGGUGCGGACGCCCGCCGAAAAGACUUUGAUGAAAAGGAAAAGGAAUACAAUGCGUGGGUUCGUUGGUAUUUGGGAAAGACCGAGACCUCUCUAAAAGAGAAAAAGCGGGCCGAAACGGACAUCAAGUACCAAGCAAAAAAGAAAAACUUUGAGCUCAAGCGCUUCGACUACUCGUCGUUCAUCGAGGACCUCCAAGGAGGCCGCAAAGAUCAAGAAGUCUUUCAUCAUCUCUUUCAGUACGCCGAGGCCCAGACAAGUAAAUAUCUCGAUACAGCACACAAGAUUGAGCAAAUGAGGCCACAGCACGAUGCUUUGCGGCUUGAGAUCAAGCAGGCGAACGACGAAUUUGACCUGCAGAGGCGACAGCGAGAAGAGAAGCGACGGGCUCUAGAGGUGAAUUCCAAGGGACUCGGCGAGCAAACUGCAUCCCCGAGUCUAGGCAAUCACGCUAGCUUAGCACAGCCUACGGUGAGCAGGUCCUUGAGCGAGGAUCCAACUCACAACUCGAGUACGGCAACACCAAGAUCUGUUUCUAUGGUACCAUCAAUCCCAGGGCAAACACCAAGUGCUCCUACUGGUAGUACCCUGUCAGCGUAUGAGAAGGAAGGGGUUCUGUAUGCUCUGAGUCGUCCUGGAAGUCACGCUGAUCCGAAGGGUCUCAACAAGCAAGCAUGGCACAAGUUCUGGAUCGUACUCAAUCAAGGGAAGUUGCUCGAAUACGCAAAUUGGAAAGUAGCGCCAGAGCUACAAAUGACGAUUGAUCUUCGAGUUGCCAGAGUCCAAGAAGCUCGAAACGCCGAGCGACGAUUCUGCUUGGAAGUGCAGACUCCAAACUUCACUCGCGUAUAUCAAGAUACCAGCGACGAGGGAGUCAAAUCAUGGAUAGGGGCUAUCCAAAAUGCUAUACAGAACGCCCUGGAGGCCCACAUAGAUAAACCUGCUCCCGAUGGGAGUUCCGAUCAGAACCUCAACAUCGCCACAGCGCUUACAGGAAAACCGUCCAAGCAUUACUCUCUUUCCGGAAACCGCAUGUCUUACCAGGGCGGGACUCCAAAGUCGAGUAAUGCACCCUCACGAUACAACACAACCGGAGGCAAUCUGGCACGGCCCACGAUACAGGACCAAGCUGUGUCUCCUCUUCUGCAGAAACUUCGAGAAGCGGAUCAAGAUAAUCUCUACUGUGCAGAUUGUUGUUCUGCAGACAAGAAUGACUGGGUCUCGCUCAACUUGGGUAUCAUCAUAUGUUUCCAAUGUAGCGGUGUACAUAGGGGUCUCAGCCGCGACGUGUCGAAGAUCGCUUCUUUGACCCUCGAUACGACCCCAUUCACACCUGAUGUGGUUGAACUUUUGACAAGAAUUGGAAACCGGAACAGCAACAACGUUUGGGAAGCCAAACUUGACCGGGCGCAACAGAUCGGGCCUUUUUGCACCGAGGAACAAAGGAAGCAGUUCAUCAUUGCCAAAUACAAGAAGAAGGCAUUUGUUCGAAAGUUACCCGAAGCAAUGCCUCACGUCCAUUCUCCAGUCGAGCCACUCGUCAUGGCGGUCAAGAAGAACGACCUCCAAGGGGUUGUGUACGCUCUCGCUGUCCCCAAAUCGACGGACACGGAUGAAAAUGCGGAGGUGACGGCAGCCAUCAAGUUUCGAAAAGAGGCAGUCGACCCAUCCCGAAAGACAUCUGUAGUCUAUCUGGCCCUAGCCGCUGCCGAUCCUGCCUCUCCUGCCGCCACUGCGUCACCCCUUCACUCGCCCAACCCGGCCAUAAAUCGGCUAUCAAACUCGAUACGGAAGCUCUUCACUGUUGCUGAGCUACUGCUUCAGAACGGGUUCGAAAUCCCCGUAGAAGACUCUCCCUUUCCCCUCUCACCAUCUGCAAAACUAUACCUGGAACAAAAGAAAGGCCAGCGAUCAGGCAUCCCGCCGCCGCUGCCCGUCACAGAUGGCGCAGACGAGCAAUAUACCGCUCUCCCUCCCUUACCACAACCAAGUAACGACCGGUCUAGGUCGGACGGCAAGCUUCAGAAGCGCAUCAGCACGACUAAUCGGUUAACGAAGCCGCCCGGGAUCCCGUAG